CAGCACCGUGAUGAGAUGUUGAGGAUGUACCACGCUCUACGUGAAGGCCUCAACAUCAUUGGUGACAUCAGCACCACCACCAUCACCACGGCGAUGCCUCCACCUGUCGACGACUCUUGGCUGCAAGUGACGGGGAUGCCCACUGGACGCAGGUCCCCCAUGUCCAGCCCCACCCCCCAGAGACGGGCGCCUCCUGGACCUCCUCGUCCCGGAGGCCGGGCUCCCCCUGGACCCCUGUCUCGUCCUGCGGUGUCACCUGAACCUGGACCUCCACCUUCUGUCCCCUACAGGCCCAACAGAGCGCCCCCACCUGGAGUCCCCAGAAUCUCUAUCAGUGACCAGUGAGGAUUCCACCAAUGUCGCUCCAGUAAAGGUAGCCCCGCCCAUGGCGAGAGCCCCCAGUCGUCCAUGGAAGGUUAAAAGUGUUUUCUCUGAACUGUUCUACACGUCCACAUGUUGUUAAUGUGAAACCUUCAAGUAAUAAUGAUAUUGAUUAUCAGCACAUUAUCACUAUAUAACAAAUGAUCAGCAAAGUACUACUGCAAUAUUUAGUGUUUAAAUAUGUCUGUCUGCUGUCAGGAGGGUGAGACAGGUCAGCUGCCUGUCUGUCUGCAACUGUCAAAUUAAACAGUGUCAGAGUCAUGUGAUCGUACUACAGACGACUUCAGAGACGUGCAGAAGAGAAGCUGUCUCACCCCUCCCUGAAUGUUUAGGCUUGUUAGCCUGUUAGCUAGCUGUCUGCAUGAUGUCCUAGAGUCAAGAUUAUUUUUUAUUUAAAGUCCUGUAUUAAUCUCUAAAGAUUAGAGAGUCAACUUUUCUUUACAGUGUAAAGUUUACAUAUUUAUUUAUUUAUUUAUUCUGCUGUGGUCAUUAGAAAGGCUUGUUAAAAAAAUAUUGGUAUUAUCAUUGUUAGCUAUUCUUCAGUGUAACCAGAAAUCCUUGAAUCAACUGUAUCCUCUGAUAUUUUCUUUUUUGUUUGCCCCCUCCCACUGGUUCUGACUGGUUUUAACUGGUUCUAACUGGUUUUAACUGGUUCUGACUGGUUCUAACUGCUGGUUUUAAUUGAGCGAACAUGAACAAGCAGGAUUUACAAAGCUGCUUGUUUACUUUAUGUCCAGAUAACGUGUAUUUAUAAAAUGUUCAAAUGAAGUGUUUAACUUCAGUGUUACUUCAGAUGAAUAAUAUUUUAUAAUGUUUGAUGAAUGAAUUCAGGAGAUGUUCAGAUGUUGGUCAAACCUUGACCUUUGACCUCCAUGUCUUGCUAUGACUUAUUUAGUUAGUCGAGCUCUGAGUCCGAGCUGCGUUCAACAACGUGUUUGUAGCAGUGAUGUGUCGUCGUGUUAAGCAUGCUCAGCUCCGUCCAAUGAUUUUUACGUUGUGAAUUAAUAAGUGUUGAACGCAGUUCAGCCUCACUCCGUAUUGUAUUAAUUCAAAUAUGUGUGAGGAGCAAAUACACAGAUGUAUUAAGUAUGCAGCAGCUCAGACUGUGUGUGUGUUACAGUGUGUUUUACAGUGUGUGUUACAGUGUGUGUUGGUGUGUAGCUGUG